CCGGGCAGGCAGACCGGCGCGCGAGCGGCUGACCGAGGAGGCACGGUUCCAAACCCCUGUGAGAGCUCCGGCGGGUCCGCGGUCGAGCUCGGGCUCCACCGGAGUUCGAUCGCGGGGAAUGUGGACUGAUACCCCCGACCAGGGCUGGCACAGAGGAGGCAGCCUGGGGGAAGGCUCGUCCUAGCUGACUUCCUGUGACCCGGAGCCCCAGCUGUCUCCACCUCCCUGUCUCUGGAGCCCACAGCAUUGCCUGCCCUGAGAAAUGCUGGAAGCUGGGCGAGGCCCCAGGCUGGAGGACCUGUUUUUCCUGUUUCCCACAGAGCUCCCUGCAGCUCGGUCCAGGCCUGUGCAUUCAUGAGUGAGGAACCUGAGCUGGAGCUGAGCAUCCUGACAGCGAGAGCAGGGGCUGGUCAGGGCCAUGGCCACAGGCCUGGACACCUGGAAUGGCACUACCAAUGGCACCUGGGAUGGGGAUGAGCUGGACUACAAGUGCCGCUUUAACGAGAGCUUCAAGUACGUGCUGCUGCCCGUGUCCUAUGGUGUGGUGUGCGUGCUCGGGCUGUGUCUCAACGCCGCGGCACUCUACAUCUUCCUGUGCCGCCUCAAGACCUGGAACGCCUCCACCACGUACAUGUUCCACCUGGCCGUGUCGGAUGCGCUGUACGCCGCCUCCCUGCCCCUGCUGGUCUACUACUACGCCCAGGGCGACAACUGGCCCUUCAGCACUGUGCUCUGCAAGCUGGUGCGCUUCCUCUUUUACACCAACCUUUACUGCAGUAUCCUGUUCCUCACGUGCAUCAGUGUGCACCGGUGCCUGGGCGUCCUGCGGCCGCUGCACUCGCUGCGCUGGGGCCGGGCCCGCUACGCCCGCCGGGUGGCGUUCGCCGUGUGGGUGCUGGUGCUGUCCUGCCAGGCCCCUGUGCUGUACUUCGUCACCACCAGCACCCGCGGCAGCCGCAUCACCUGCCAUGACACCUCGGCACCCGAGCUCUUCGGCCACUUCGUGGCCUACAGCUCCGUCAUGCUGAGCCUGCUCUUCGCGGUGCCCUUCGCCGUCAUCCUGGUCUGUUACGUACUCAUGGCUCGGCGGCUGCUAAAGCCGGCCUACGGGACCACCGGCGGCCUGCCGCGGGCCAAGCGCAAGUCCGUGCGCACCAUCGCCAUUGUGCUGACUGUCUUCGUCCUCUGCUUCCUGCCUUUCCACGUCACCCGCACCCUCUACUACUCCUUCCGCUCGCUGGACCUCAGCUGCCACACCCUUGACGCCAUCAACCUGGCUUACAAGGUCACCCGGCCGCUGGCCAGCGCCAACAGUUGCCUUGACCCUGUGCUGUACUUCCUGGCUGGGCAGAGGCUCGUGCGCUUUGCCCGGGAUGCCAAGCCACCCACAGACCCCACCCCUCCCACCCAGGCUCGCCACCGGCUGGGCCUGCACAGGUCCUACGGAACUGACGCUGUCAGGACAGAAGACUCGGCCGGCCGUGAGAACUCCAGGGGGACAGAGUCCUCGCUGGCUGGUAGUGGCGCUGACACUAAGGACAUCUGGCUGUAGGCGCUGCACCCCUGUUCAAGUUUACAUGAGAUGGGGCUGUAGACUUGUUCAAAGGGGACAGUCUCCCCAGAUAUGGACCAUCAGCGACUCAGGCAGGAUGGUCAAGGGAGCUGUGACCCCAGCGCUCUGUCAUUUGAGUGGGACUCGGUCUGUUCUCUGUGGUCCAGAGAGCAUGGCAGUCCCCACGCCCUUAGUCACCGUUUGUAUGUGCAGGGUGGGGAGUAAGAUCUUAAGAAAAGAGUUUAGGGACAAUGCCAGCCCUGGCCUGACUCCCACAUAAAUACCUGGCUGUGCCUGCCAGGGUCCCUAGGCUGGGCUCCAGCCCCAUCAAGUCAAAUAGAGAAAUGGGCCCAGAGAGGAAAGCGACUUCCCGAGGUCACACAGCCAAGCCUGGGCCUGAGCUGCCUGGGAGGGGCGGGGUCGCAAGUUGACCAGGGGACCCUGGUAAGGGGUAAGGGCUGAGCCAGAGGUUCCCAUGAUGAGUCGGAGUGGUCUGAGUGCCAUCGUGGGCUUGGCUCUGAGGAGUACCCUCAGUCCAAGAGAUGUAUGUCUGGAAACUGAUGUCAUAAACCCAUCACAAACAGUUUAUGAUGACAUAAACUGAUGUCAUCUGGAGGCUGGGACUGAUACUAAAGGUGUUACUGCGGA